UUUCUUCACAAGCAAAGUAACAACUGAAAAAAAACUCCAUCGCCACUCUCCCUUUCGUCCUCCUUCCACCUUCAAAAACCCAUCAAAACUCACGCACGUUCGCAAGAAGAGAAGAGGAUAAAUAUCCACUGCCUACCUUCCAUCAUCAACCGUCCUCCAAAUACCCAACCACAACCAUCAUGGUCGACGUGGACCGUCCGAUGGCGGGCUUGAACCCGGCCCACAUAGCGGGCCUCCGGCGCCUCUCCGCACGUGCAGCCACCACCAAUUCCUCCCUUCCCAUCAGAAAAGGCCUCCUCUCCUUCUCCUCCCUCUCCGAAAAGGUCAUCUCCCACCUCCGAAACUCCGGCAUCACCGUCGAUCCAGGCCUCUCUGACGCCGAAUUCGCCCGCGCAGAGGCUGAAUUCAACUUCGCCUUCCCUCCCGAUCUCCGAGCUGUCCUCUCCGCCGGCCUCCCCGUCGGCCCCGGCUUCCCUGACUGGCGCUCCCGCCACCAUCUCCGCGCUUCGCUCGACGUCCCGAUUGCCGCCAUUUCCCUUCAGAUCGCCCGGAACGCUUUCUGGACCAAAUCGUGGGGCCCACGGCCGUCCGAUCCCGAACGCGCUCUCCGUAUCGCCCGUGUCGCUCUCAGGAGAGCUCCUCUGCUAAUUCCACUCUUCAAUCGCUGCUACAUUCCCUGCAAUCCCUCUCUCGCUGGAAACCCGAUCUUCUUUCUCGACGAAAGCCGGAUCUUUUGCUGCGGGCUCGAUCUUGCGGAUUUCUUCGAGAGGGAAUCCGUCUUCCGUAGCUCUUCCGAUCUCUGCCUCCGGCGGCAGAGGUCCGUAUCGGAGAAAUCGGCGGGGCCGAUAUCGAAUUUCUCGAGGAGGAGCCUGGAUUCCGUCGGCAAUGGCGGGAAGACGCCGCGGUGGAUCGAGUUCUGGAGCGACGCCGCCGGCGACCGGCGGAGGCGGAAUUCGUCGUCAUCGCCGGAGCGUCUGUUCGAGAUCCCUCGGCCGGUAUUCCAGCCGAAGCUGCCGAGAUGGGUGGAAGGAUAUCUGGAGCGGAUCGGAUCCGUGUUGAAGGAAGGCGGGUGGGAGGAAUCGGAGGUAGAGGAGAUUGUGCACGUUUCAGCCUCUGGGUUCCUUGAAGAGGAGGUGGCUUUGGUAGACAGUCAGGCGGUUUUGGACUUUCUGCUUUUGAGGGCGGACCGGUUUUCCGACACGCUGAGGAGAGCGGGUUGGAGCUCGGAGGAGGUUUCCGAGGCGUUAGGGUUCGAUUUCCGACCGGAAAAGGAACGGAAACCGGCAAAGAAACUGUCGCCAGAGCUGGUUGAGAAGAUAGGGAAGUUGGCAGAGUAUGUUUCGCGGUCAUGAAAGGUAGUUUUCCGACGAACGGAAAACCAGAUACCGGAAAGGGUGAUUUUUUUUAAUUUAUUUUUAUUUUUUUGAAAAAGAGGGUUGAGGCGUUUGCCCUGCUGCGGGUACAGGAAGAGUUGGGGAGUGCGUUGUACUACUAAAAAGCGUAUAAAGGCUUAAAAAAGAAACGAUUACUAUAUAUCUCUUGUAUCAUGUACGUUAUAUUAUAAAGAAAAAAGGCUGAUGGUCCGCGGGCUACUGAACCGGACCUCGUAAACAUCUCA